UGCGGCAGACGAACAGGUGCGUGAAGAAGAAGCUCCGCCAAACUUUAUAUAAACUGAAAUAUCACCGUUGUCUGCUACUAACUUCUUUGUCAGAGAGCUAAAGGAAUACUAAACAGAUAACUAACAGAAGAGCCAACUUUGUCAGCAAACUUAAGCCAAACAUCGUGAGAAGUGUGAGGAGUGCGGGAUUUGUACCUUCAACAGCAGGUGGACGUCGUCUUCUUUGUUGGUUUCACCGGAGAAGAAGAAGAAGAAGUGUUUAAAAUGGCCAACAAGGGUCUGCAGAUUUUGGGAUUCGCCCUGGCACUUUUCGGCUUAAUUGGACUGAUAAUUGGCACCAUUUUGCCCCAAUGGAAGAUGUCCGCUUAUGUUGGGGACAACAUCAUCACGGCCAUCGCCAUGUACGAAGGACUGUGGAUGAGCUGCGCGUUCCAGAGCACGGGCCAGAUCCAGUGCAAAGUGUACGACUCCAUCCUGCAGCUCAACAGUGCCCUCCAGGCAACCCGCGCCCUCAUGAUUGUGGGCAUCAUCGUAACAGUGAUUGGCCUGGGCGCAGCCACCAUGGGAAUGAAGUGCACCAACUGCGGAGGAGAUGACAAAACCAAAAAAUCCCGCAUUGCUAUGGUUGGAGGCAUCAUCAUCCUGAUUGGAUCUUUGUGUGCCAUCAUCGCCUGCUCUUGGUACGCUCACGACAUCAUCCGAGCCUUCUACGACCCUUUCACCCCCGUCAAUACCAAGUACGAGUUUGGUUCCGCCAUCUUCAUUGCCUGGGCCGGAGCUUUCCUGGCCGUAGUCGGAGGCGCCAUGCUGGCAGCGUCCUGCCCGAGAGGAAAAUCCAACUCAACACCCAAGUACCCCAUCUCCAGACCGCCCAGCAGCAAGGAGUACGUUUGAACAGGACGGGACUCGGUGUUAAGAGGCUGAAGGAACACUUUGACAUUCUUGCUAGGUCCAACUCAGAGAUUAUAACGUUGAAAAGAUGUAUCCCAGGAGCUGUUUUUUUUUUUUAUUUUAUAUUUUAGUUUCUUCAGGGCUACCCUGUGAUGUUACUGUAAUAUUGUUUUAACAAACCGCAUUCAAGUUUUAAAUAAUGGCCUCGCCCUGUCUGGAACUCCCAUUAGUGCUUAAUGAUUUGUAUCCUAUCCACUUAGUAGACACCUGUAAAGCACUAAGUUAAGGUUGAAACACCCGUGAUAUUAUACAACUUGGUAUGUAGAAAUAUGUUUCGCAUGCCAGAUUUUACAGUGCGUUAGGGGGAAAUGAUUUGAAUGCACUGAAUAGAAGUCACUCUUACACCAUUUCUGACUGUAUAGGGCGAAUGCAUAUUCAUUAUCCGGCACCUGAGAAUCAAUUUGCUACCAUCUUUCCACGUAUUUGUGCCUUUUUUAUUUAUAUGAAAACUACAAAUCAUUCAGUUCCGCUGUAGACUAUUUUAAUCAAGUGCCGGAGUGAAAUUGUAACUAUAUAAAUUCCAAUAUACCUUUUAACUCAUCUUGCCAAUAUUUUGUCGACUUACAUACAUGCAUCCAUACAGCGGGACAGAUGUUGUGAGCUGACUAUUUGUUGAGUUGUUCUGUAAUAAUAACUGUCUGUGUGAAUGGGCUUGGCUUAUUGCUACUGUUUUUUUAAAAGUCACAAAAGCUGUUGAAGCGUUCAUCAAAUUCAGUUUUUUUUUUUAAACGUUUUAAAUUGUGAUUUGCAAUGUCUGUUGUACAUAAAAUAAAAGUGGAAAAUUUACUGUU